UUAGAUUGUUGUUGGAAAAGAAUAACAAAGUUAACAAAAGAAAGAUAAGAUUUAGCAAUCAUGGUAUUUUCUUUUAGCAAGGCUGCGGUAAAUUUCCGCACUUUGAACGCGUUUAUUCCGUUUAACUCACGAAGUGAUAUUACAAGGGAACAAGUCCAGUACGGAGUCGAGUACAAGCCAGCGAGCAUGUCGGCCAAAGAGUGGAGUGCCGUUGCUAACUUGAUUUUUCUCAGAAAGACGCUUUCACGAGAGAACCGUAGGGAAAGGGAACGACGUUUGGAUAUCGCUGAAAGAGGCUGCUGUGAUGGUCUUCGUGAAGCUUCGAAGAGGAUGGGCAACCAAUUUUUAUUUCAACGAGCAGUUAUUACCAUCAUAAAAUGUACGUUCACGGAACGUGCUCUCACCGACGAUAUUAAUUAAACCCGACUUCGAAUCGUC